AAGAGCUAAGUCCGGAGCAGACCAGCUAUGAGUGCUGCUCCAUGGUUGGCCCUCCUGGGGGUGGCCUUGCUAUCCUUCUCAGGUAGCCAGGCCCUGAAAUGCCAGUGGGGGACAAAUGAGGCGGUGCAGAAUGUGUCGCAGUUGCCCCUGACGUGGACUCCAGGAUGGGCAACCUGUGUGCCGGGUGCGGGGUGCCAGGACACGGCGAUCCUCAUCGUCAGUGGGCCCCAGGUGAACCUGGUGCUGUCCAAGGGCUGUACUCUGGCUGAGGACCACGAGGCUUGCGUCAUCCAACACAGGGCAGGCCCCGGGCUUGCCGUGAUCUCCUACACCCACGUGUGCCGCCACGGGGACUACUGCAACGACUUGUCCACCAGCGCUCUUCUCUGGAGCCCGCCCCCCAGCACAGUGCCAGGGACCGUGCGGUGUCCUGUCUGCCUGUCUAAACAGGAUUGCCCAGAGACCGCUCCGCAGCAGAUGUGUCCCGUGGGGCACUCACACUGCUACAGUGGUGUCCUCAGGCUCCAUGGAGGGGGCAUCAUCUCCAAACUGAGAGUUCAGGGCUGCAUGCCUGAACCAGGCUGCCACCUGCUCAACGGUACCAAGGAAAUUGGGCCUGUGAGUGUGAGUGAGGACUGCAGUUCUAAGCCAGACACCCUGAUCUGUCACCGUGGGACCAUGCUGGUGCAGAGCAAUUCUCAUGAAGAGCCUCAGGAGUGGACCACGCAUUGGAGUGAGAGCUGCAAUCCUGGGCAGAUGUGUCAGGAGACGCUGCUACUCAUAGAUGCAGGACACAGAAUACUCCUUGUGGGCAGCAAAGGCUGUGUCCCGGAGGGGAGAGGAGAGACCCAGGCUGUAUCUCUCCACGCGGGCCACCCUGGCGUCUUGGUGGCCUCCUACGUGCACUUCUGUGCCUCUGACUUGUGCAACCAGGCCCAAAGCAGCAGUGUUCUCCUGGACGACCUUCCUCCCCCUGCUGCCCCUGAGCCUGGAGGCCUGCAGUGUCCCUCCUGUGUGGAUAUGUUUGGGUCCUGCAACGAGUCCUCCCGCUUGAUCACAUGCCCUCAAGGCACCAUGGGUUGUUAUGAUGGUUCCCUUGCUCUCAGUGGAGGUGGAGUGUCCGCCACUGUGAACAUUCAGAGUUGCCUGACCUCGUCCUUCAGCUCCUUUGUGAAUGACACCCAGAACCUGGGAAUCUUCUCUGUGGCAGAGAUCCCUAAGGACAGAGAAGCGGACUCGGCCCCUGGGGCUCAUUCCCUGAGUGGAGCUGCCCCUGCUACCUCCCUGUGGGUGGUGGGGCUGGCCCUGGCCCUGUGUGCUGGGGACAUGGUCCUGGCUGCUAACUCCAUUUCCCCAUGA